AUGUCGUCAACACCUAAUAAAAGAAAGUUUCAUGAUGGAGACGACACUGAGCAACUUCAGCAACAGGAUAAAAAAUUAAAAUCGUCAAAUGAUAUUGAUAGUAUUUCCACUAUCAAAAACAACAACAACAACAACAACAACAACAAUAAUAAUAAUAAUAAUAAUGGUACAUCAGCAUCAACAUCAACAUCAACAUCUACAUCUACAUCUACAUCCACAUCAGCUCAACCACCAAAAGAAGAAACAGCAAUUGAAAGAAAAAAGAGAGAAUUAAGAGAAAAAAUUUUAAAGAGUAAACAAGAAUUAAAUAAUAUUAUUAGUAUAGAUCAAAAUGUUACUACUGCACAAACAUCAAUACCAACACCAACCAUAGCAACAAAAGUUGAACAACCAACUAUUAUAACUAAGGAUAAUAAAGAUGAAGAAACAACAACAACAACAACAACAGAAGCAGCAGGAGAAAAUGAAAUGUUUUUUGAUCCACGUAUUAAAGUUUCAAAUGAUAAAAAAAAGAAAUUAAAUUCAUUUACAUUCAUCCAACCAGGUAGAUAUAGUAAAAAAGCAGAUAAAUUAAGAUCACAAGCAUUAGCAGAGGAAAUGAAAAAACAAGUUGAAUUAAAUUCAUUAAAUGCUAAAAAGAAUACAGAAUCAAUGGAAACUAUUAUAUCAAUAUCUGAAGUACCUUCAAUUGAAUGGUGGGAUAAUGAUAUAUUAAAAGAUGAAAUUCAAAAUAAUUUAAAUAAUACUGAAGAUGAAAACAUAAAAGAAAAUCAAAUUAAUGAAUUAAAUAAAAUUAUAUUAAAUUGUAAUUAUCUUAAUGAUGAUAAUAAUAACUUUAAUCAAGAAUUAAAAAAUAAAAUUAUAAAUUCAGAAUAUUGGGGAUACAUUGAACAUCCAGUUAAAAUUAAAACAAAGAUUCAAUUAAAAGAUACAACACCUCCACCAAUAAGACCCGACUUUUUAUUAUUAACAAAGGAGAAGAAGAAAAUGAGAAAGCAAAGAAGAGCUGAAGAAGCUAGAGAACGUCAAGAGAGAAUUAUGAAUGGUAUGGAGGCACCACCAGAGAAUAAAGUUAAACUUAGUAAUCUAAUGAGAGUAAUUGGCACUCAAGCUGUAUUAGAUCCCACCAAAGCUCUAUUAGAGGUAACAAAGAAAAUGGAAGAAAGAGCUGCAGCUCGUGAUAAAAAGAAUCAAGAGAAUAAGUUAACACCAGAGCAAAGAAAAGAGAAAAAACGUGAUAAAAUCUUAAUCGAUGCUAAACAAGAGCUAUAUUGUUCACUCUAUAAAGUUGUGGAUUUAUCACAUCCACUUUAUCGUUCAAUCAUUGGUAGAAAUUCAAAAGAGAAUUUGGCAACAGGUUGUAUAAUUUUUCAUCCAUCUUGUAACUUGAUUGCUUUUGAGGGUGGUUUAAAAAUUCAAAAGAAAUUUAAAAAACUCUUAUUAAAUCGUAUAGAUUGGGAUAACCCACCACCAAUUAAACAAAGUGAUCCAGAACAACAAACAAAACAUCAAAAUAAUAGUGACCUUUAUCCAAAACCACCUGAAGGUACACCAAAUUCUUGUCAUCUUGUUUGGACUGGUCCAAUUCUUGAAGCUCAUUUCAAAGGUUUUAACUAUGAAAUCUCACCGUUAGAAUCACAAGCAAGAAAAUAUUUACAAGAACAUAAUGUACCUCAUUAUUGGGAUAUGGUUAAAAACUUUUCACCAGAAAUUUAA